AUUAUUUUCUUCCUACAAUUCUCUAACUUAUACGACCUUUUCCCUCCGCGAUACGGUCAGUGGAGCUGCUAGGGUUUCACCGCCAUACUUGAAUUAACUGGAAUCAUGGAGGAAGAUCCAGAAUAUGAUCCACAAAUGAUGGAAGAAGAAGACGAUAGCGAGGAAAUAACACAGGAGGAUGCCUGGACGGUAAUAUCGGCCUACUUCGAAGAGAAGGGGCUCGUCAGGCAGCAACUCGACUCCUUCGAUGAGUUCAUUCAGAAUACAAUGCAGGAAAUCGUUGAUGAGUCUUCCGACAUCGAGAUUCGGCCCGAAUCUCAGCACAACCCUGGCCAACAGCCCGAUUUUGCGGAGACUAUCUAUAAGAUCAGCUUUGGUCAGAUAUACUUGAGCAAGCCUAUGAUGACAGAGUCCGAUGGAGAAACUGCAACUUUAUUUCCCAAGGCUGCGAGGCUGAGGAACCUAACCUACUCAGCCCCUUUAUACGUGGACGUCACAAAGAGGGUUAUUAAGAAAGGGCAUGAUGGUGAAGAAGUCACAGAGACACAAGAUUUCUCAAAGACCUUCAUUGGAAAAGUCCCCAUAAUGCUCCGAUCAAGUUAUUGCACAUUGUACGAGAACUCGGAGAAGGAUUUAACGGAACUUGGGGAGUGUCCAUAUGAUCAAGGUGGGUAUUUUAUCAUCAAUGGGAGUGAAAAGGUUCUCAUAGCACAGGAGAAGAUGAGUACCAAUCAUGUUUAUGUGUUCAAGAAGAGACAGCCACACAAGUUUGCAUAUGUAGCGGAAGUUCGAUCGAUGGCAGAAUCCCAGAACAGGCCGCCUAGUACCAUGUUUGUGCGGAUGCUUUCUCGAACUAGUGCUAAAGCGGGAUCUUCAGGGCAAUAUAUUCGUGCUACGCUUCCAUACAUUCGAACCGAAAUUCCGAUUAUAAUUGUGUUUCGUGCUCUGGGUUUUGUUGCUGACAAAGACAUAUUGGAGCACAUAUGUUACGACUUUUCUGAUACGCAAAUGAUGGAGUUGCUUCGACCAUCUCUAGAAGAAGCAUUUGUUAUUCAAAAUCAACAGGUUGCAUUAGACUACAUUGGAAAACGAGGAUCAACUGUUGGUGUGACUAAGGAGAAGAGAAUUAAGUAUGCGAAAGAGAUCCUACAAAAGGAAAUGCUUCCUCAUGUUGGUGUUGGAGAAUUCUGUGAGACAAAGAAAGCUUACUAUUUUGGAUAUAUCAUCCACCGGCUUCUACUUUGUGCACUAGGCCGAAGGGCAGAAGAUGAUAGGGAUCAUUACGGCAAUAAAAGGCUGGAUCUGGCUGGCCCUUUACUUGGUGGCCUGUUUAGAAUGCUCUUCAGAAAACUGACAAGGGACGUGAGAGCUUAUGUGCAGAGGUGCGUUGACAAUGGAAAAGAUGUUAACCUGCAAUUUGCAAUCAAAGCAAAAACUAUCACAAGCGGUCUCAAAUAUUCACUAGCUACUGGGAACUGGGGGCAGGCUAAUGCAGCUGGUACAAGGGCUGGAGUGUCACAGGUGUUAAAUCGUUUAACAUAUGCCUCUACCUUGUCACACUUGCGAAGAUUGAAUUCACCAAUAGGCCGUGAAGGGAAGUUGGCAAAACCUCGUCAGUUACAUAAUUCACAAUGGGGAAUGAUGUGUCCAGCUGAGACACCUGAAGGCCAAGCAUGUGGACUUGUAAAGAAUCUUGCGCUGAUGGUCUACAUAACAGUUGGAUCAGCAGCGCUUCCGAUCUUGGAAUUUUUGGAAGAGUGGGGUACUGAGAAUUUUGAGGAAAUAUCUCCUGCAGUGAUUCCCCAAGCUACAAAAAUAUUUGUCAAUGGUUGUUGGGUUGGUAUCCAUCGUGAUCCUGAUAUGUUGGUGAAAACUUUGAGACGUCUGAGGAGAAGGGUUGAUGUCAAUACUGAAGUUGGGGUUGUUAGAGAUAUCCGUCUGAAGGAAUUGCGGAUAUAUACUGAUUACGGGCGCUGCAGCCGUCCUUUGUUCAUUGUGGAGAAGCAAAGACUUUUGAUAAAGAAGAAGGAUAUCCAUGCAUUACAACAAAGGGAAAGCGGGGAGGAUGGGGCAUGGCAUGAGCUUAUUACUAAGGGAUUUAUAGAAUAUAUUGACACAGAAGAAGAGGAGACGACAAUGAUUUCCAUGACUAUUAAUGACCUUGUACAAGCUAGGUUCAAUCCAGAGGAGGCUUAUUCAGAAACUUAUACCCAUUGUGAGAUCCACCCAUCAUUGAUUCUUGGUGUUUGUGCUUCAAUCAUUCCUUUUCCAGACCAUAAUCAGUCCCCACGUAAUACAUAUCAAUCUGCCAUGGGUAAGCAAGCGAUGGGAAUUUAUGUCACCAAUUACCAAUUCCGAAUGGACACACUGGCUUAUGUUCUCUACUAUCCUCAAAAGCCCCUUGUUACUACACGAGCGAUGGAGCAUCUCCACUUCAGGCAGCUUCCCGCUGGCAUUAAUGCAAUUGUUGCCAUUGCCUGCUAUUCUGGGUACAACCAAGAAGAUUCAGUCAUCAUGAACCAGUCAUCAAUAGAUCGUGGAUUCUUUCGAUCACUUUUUUUCCGAUCAUAUAGGGAUGAAGAGAAAAAGAUGGGCACACUUGUGAAAGAAGAUUUUGGGCGUCCAGACAGAGCUAACACCAUGGGAAUGAGGCAUGGCUCUUAUGAUAAACUUGAUGAUGAUGGUCUUGCACCUCCUGGUACAAGAGUUUCUGGCGAGGAUGUAAUCAUUGGAAAGACAACCCCUAUUUCUCAGGAAGAUGCUCAGGGCCAAGGAUCACGAUACACAAGGCGUGAUCAUAGCAUAAGUUUGCGUCACAGUGAAACAGGAAUGGUGGAUCAAGUUCUAUUGACAACAAAUGCUGAUGGGUUGAGGUUUGUGAAAGUAAGAGUGAGAUCUGUUCGAAUACCACAGAUUGGGGACAAGUUUAGCAGUAGGCAUGGUCAAAAGGGGACAGUGGGCAUGACUUAUACGCAAGAAGAUAUGCCAUGGACUGUGGAAGGCAUCACACCUGAUAUCAUUGUGAAUCCCCAUGCUAUUCCCUCUCGAAUGACAAUUGGUCAGCUUAUUGAAUGUAUAAUGGGCAAGGUUGCUGCUCACAUGGGAAAAGAGGGAGAUGCCACUCCUUUUACUGAUGUCACUGUGGACAAUAUCAGUAAAGCACUUCAUAAAUGUGGAUAUCAAAUGCGUGGCUUUGAGACCAUGUAUAAUGGUCAUACUGGCCGUCGUCUCACUGCUAUGAUAUUCCUUGGUCCCACAUAUUACCAAAGAUUAAAGCACAUGGUGGAUGACAAGAUCCAUUCACGAGGUCGUGGGCCCGUGCAAAUUCUUACGAGGCAACCUGCUGAGGGACGGUCUCGUGAUGGUGGUCUUCGUUUUGGAGAAAUGGAACGAGAUUGCAUGAUUGCUCAUGGUGCUGCUCACUUUCUCAAAGAGAGAUUGUUUGACCAAAGUGAUGCAUAUAGAGUCCAUGUAUGCGAGCGUUGUGGGUUGAUAGCCAUUGCAAAUCUGAAGAAGAAUUCCUUUGAGUGUAGAGGUUGCAAGAACAAAACUGACAUUGUCCAGGUCCACAUUCCUUACGCAUGCAAACUGCUUUUCCAAGAGCUUAUGGCCAUGGCGAUAGCACCAAGAAUGUUGACGAAGGAUGAAAAACCACCCAAAGCCCCAAAGAAGAAAGGAGCCUGACAAAAUUGACUCCUGAACUCUUGAAACUCGAGGGUUUUUGUAAUUGCGUGCUGCGGAAUGUAAAGAGUCAGUAUGUGUAAACACCGAAUAUGAGAUGGUAUGUAGGAACUUCAACAGUAGUAGAUACUGUUUCACCAUCAAAAACAGUUGUCUUCGGGAAUUGCAUGUUGAGGGCCGAGCUUCUGUGAGCUAAAGAUAAGGGGAUGGACUACCAGUUUAGCCGUUGGAAAGUUCCAUUCCGAAUAUAAUAGGCCAUGGAGAUGUUACUGCACGUAUGUUUUUGUUUAUGUGGUUUUUUUUUUAUUUUUGUUUGGAGUCAUGCAUAUAUGUUGUAUAACCCCCAAAACUAGUGAUAUUGUUCUGUUAUUAUGGAAUAUCCAAACCAAAGAGUCUGGGGGUUUUGUUCACAAAAAAAAAAAGAAAAAAAAGAAGUGAAUUUGGAUGUUUAAUUUGAAGUAAUGGAAGAGAGCAUGGGUGAUUGGAUAACGUA